UGGCGGCGGCCUGGGCGCGUGCGCGAGGUCUCCGCGUGGCUAUAUAAACAUGGCUGGCGUGGCCGCGCGGCCGGGCCGUGCCAAUCGCGUGUAGGGGGCUGUGGGCGCUCGGGGUUCGUAGUUUUGAAAUUUCUGGCGGGGGAGCAGCUGCGCAGUUAGGCUCGAGGUGUGAGCGACGACCUUCCGGGAGCCGCAAGUCCAGGCUCCCCCGCAGCGGGACCCGAGCCUGAGGCGCAGGGCUGAGGCAGCGCACGUGUGAGCGCCGCUGAGGAAGCUGCGAGAGGUCGGGCGGGUGUCGCUCCGGGGGCAGCCCAGGCUCGCGCGGACGAGAGGAAGGUCUGGGACGCGCGUGUCCUGCCGUGCAGCCGGCGCCCGUCACUGACUUCGCUGCUGCGGCCCCCGCGCCUCUCCCCAGCGAUGCUGUGGAGCCCGAACCUCACCGGAGUCGGCUGCCGCGCGCCAAGCCUCCCCUCACUUCUGCUCCCGGAACCGCAGCGCCGCAGCUGCCGCUGAGCCCCUGGGGGAUGCCCGCCGGCCUCACCGAACCCGCCGGCGCCGCUCCCCCGGCUGCUGUGAGCGCCUCGGGGACCGUGACCAUGGCCCCGGCCGGGGCGCUGGCGGUGCGGGUGGAGAGCACUCCGGUGGCCCUGGGCGCCGUGACUAAGGCUCCUGUCAGCGUCUGCGUGGAGCCCACGGCGUCCCAGCCCCUGCGGUCCCCCGUGGGGACCCUGGUGACCAAAGUGGCUCCGGUCAGCGCCCCUCCUAAACUCAGCAGCGGCCCUAGGCUGCCUGCUCCUCAGAUAGUCGCCGUGAAAGCCCCCAACACCACGACAAUCCAGUUUCCUGCUAAUUUGCAGCUUCCUCCAGGAACCGUUUUGAUUAAAAGUAACAGUGGUCCGUUGAUGUUGGUAUCUCCUCAGCAAACUGUAACAAGAGCCAAGACCACAAGUAACAUAACCUCAAGGCCAGCAGUACCAGCAAAUCCUCAAACAGUCAAAAUCUGUACAGUGCCGAACUCUAGCUCACAAUUAAUCAAGAAAGUGGCAGUGACACCUGUUAAAAAAUUGGCACAAAUAGGAACUACUGUGGUAACCACUGUUCCGAAGCCUUCCUCAGUACAAUCUGUGGCUGUGCCAACCAGUGUCGUCACAGUUACUCCUGGAAAGCCAUUGAAUACUGUAACUACCCUGAAGCCUUCAAGUUUGGGAGCAUCAUCCACUCCUUCAAAUGAGCCCAAUCUUAAAGCAGAGAACUCAGCAGCUGUUCAGAUUAAUCUUUCUCCGACAAUGCUAGAAAAUGUGAAGAAAUGCAAGAACUUCCUUGCAAUGUUAAUAAAACUAGCAUGUAGUGGAUCACAGUCCCCAGAAAUGGGGCAAAAUGUGAAGAAGCUGGUGGAACAACUUUUGGAUGCAAAAAUCGAAGCAGAAGAAUUUACUAGGAAACUGUAUGUUGAACUCAAGUCUUCACCUCAGCCUCACCUGGUUCCUUUUCUUAAGAAAAGCGUGGUUGCCUUACGACAACUUCUGCCUAACUCCCAGAGCUUCAUCCAGCAAUGUGUUCAGCAGACUUCUAGUGACAUGGUCAUUGCUACCUGUACUACAACAGUAACAACUUCUCCUGUGGUGACAACUACAGUGUCCUCAAGCCAGUCUGAAAAGUCAAUUAUUGUUUCUGGAGCAACAGCACCCAGAACUGUGUCAGUGCAAACUUUGAACCCACUUGCUGGUCCAGUGGGAGCAAAAGCUGGAGUUGUGACACUUCAUUCUGUGGGCCCAACUGCUGCAACAGGAGGAACAACAGCUGGAACUGGUUUGCUUCAGACUUCAAAACCACUUGUGACAUCUGUAGCAAACACAGUGACCACGGUGUCACUGCAACCUGGAAAGCCAGUUGUCUCUGGAACAGCAGUAACACUGUCCCUUCCAGCAGUAACUUUUGGAGAAACUUCAGGUGCAGCUAUUUGUCUUCCAUCUGUGAAACCUGUUGUUUCUUCUGCUGGGACCACAUCUGACAAGCCUGUUAUUGGGACUCCAGUUCAAAUCAAACUUGCCCAGCCGGGCCCUGUCCUUUCACAACCAGCUGGGAUUCCACAGGCAGUUCAAGUCAAGCGACUAGUAGUUCAGCAGCCUUCAGGAGGCAAUGAAAAACAAGUGACCACAAUUUCACAUUCCUCAACAUUGACCAUUCAGAAAUGUGGACAGAAGACGAUGCCAGUGAACACCAUAAUACCUACUAGUCAGUUUCCUCCAGCUUCCAUUCUAAAGCAAAUUACUCUGCCUGGAAAUAAAAUUCUGUCGCUUCAAGCAUCUCCUACUCAGAAAAAUAGAAUAAAAGAGAAUGGAACAUCAUGCUUCCGAGAUGAGGAUGACAUCAAUGAUGUGACUUCUAUGGCAGGGGUCAACCUUAAUGAAGAAAAUGCCUGCAUCUUAGCAACAAACUCUGAAUUGGUUGGCACACUCAUUCAGUCAUGUAAAGAUGAACCAUUUCUUUUUAUUGGAGCUCUACAAAAGAGAAUUUUAGACAUUGGUAAAAAGCAUGACAUUACAGAACUUAACUCUGAUGCUGUGAACUUGAUCUCCCAAGCAACACAGGAACGACUACGAGGCCUUCUAGAAAAACUGACUGCAAUUGCUCAGCAUCGAAUGACUACUUACAAGGCAAGUGAAAAUUACAUCUUGUGUAGUGAUACCAGGUCACAGCUCAAAUUUCUUGAAAAGCUGGAUCAAUUGGAGAAGCAGAGAAAGGAUUUGGAAGAAAGAGAAAUGUUACUUAAGGCAGCCAAGAGUCGUUCUAAUAAAGAAGAUCCAGAACAGCUGAGAUUAAAGCAGAAAGCCAAAGAGUUACAGCAAUUGGAACUUGCACAGAUACAGCAUAGAGAUGCUAAUCUCACAGCUCUUGCAGCUAUUGGACCAAGGAAGAAGAGACCACUAGAAUCUGGAAUUGAGAGACGGAGUUUUGCCAUGUUGCCCAGCUUGGUCUCGAACUUCUGAGCUCAAGCAGUUCAUCCGCCUUGGCCUCCCAAAGUGCUAGGAUUGCAGGUGUAAGCCACCUCACCUGGACAGGACCAUCAAUAUAUGCUUAAUCUUGUUUCAUUUAUAUUUGCACCAACUUUCUUAGGUUAAAAUUUUCAUCCCUCAGAUUAUUUUAAAGUCGUUCCCACACUCAGUAUUAUUUAAUACAUAAAUAUUAUUUGUUGCUCAUGAUUUUUAUUAACAUUUUAAAAAUUACCCUCUAAGUUGUAUCAGUUUUUAUAUUCAUUAGUGUGCCUAUCUCACCACACUCCCAUUAACACUGGGAACUAUCUUUGCCAUCUCAUGACUGAAAAUGCAAGUUUUAAUAGAGUGUUUAAGUUAUGAGUAAGUUGAGCAACUUUUCAUGUAUAAAUAGGCAUUUUCAAUUUUUCUUUUUCCCAUGGAGUUACAUUUUUCAAUCCAUUAGGGAAAUAGAACAACCCAUUUUCCCUAGCCCCAUUUUCUUUCAGUUUGUCUGGGCUUUAUUCAUCUAAAAGUUUUUAUUUUUCCUUUAAAAAAUGCCACAGUCUUUCAUUUUUAUUUUUGUCUUUUGGGUUUAUAUUCUAUUUAGAAGGCCACUUCUUAAUUAGAAUUAUGUGUUACUACUUUGAUCGUUUCACUUUUUAAGCAUAAAUCUUUGAUUCGUACCGAACUUGAGUAAGAGUUGACGUGUGUAUUUAGCUUUAGUCCCUCAGUCCUCUCGCAUUAUCCCUUAGGCUAGAUAAUUGUCCCAACACCAUUUACUCAGUAAUUCUUUCCCUGCUGAUUUUAAAUGCUACCUUUAUCACACACAAUUGUAUAUCAAACAUACAAAUUCUUGUAUGUAUUUGGGUCUGUUUCUGUACACUCUGAACCAGUGUUAUCUAAUAGAACUUUGUAUGGUUUUGAAAAUGUUUGUGUCUGCAAUGUCCUUAAUAGCCACAUAUGGCUGUCGAGAUCUUGAAAUGUGGCUAGUGUGACUAAAAGAAAUUUUUAAUUUUUUUAGUUUAAUACAAAUUUUAAUAGUCAUAUGCUGCUUGUGGCCACUAUAUUGGGCAGCACUGCAGGACUGCCCAAUAUAGUAGCCCAAUAUAGUUCUAUUUAUGACUAUUUAUAUAUUAGUAUCAAACCUUUUUUUAACCAUCUUAUUUUUACGUGUAUAAUUAAGUAGUGUUAAACACAUUCACAUUGUUGAAAAAACCUCCAAAACCUUUUCAUCUUGUAAAACUAAAAUUCUAUACCCGGUAAACAAUUCUCCAUUUCUCUGCCAGCCCCUAGUAACCAUCAUUCUACUUUCUGUUUCUAUGAGUUUGACUACUUAAGUACCUCAGAUUAAUUUUAAUUUUUAUUUUUUUGUAGAGACAAGGGUCUCACUAUGUUGCCCAGGCUGGCCUUGAACUCCUGGCCUCAAGCAGUCCUCCCACUUCUGCCUCCCAAAGUGCUGGGAUUAUAGGCAUGAGCCACACUCUUGGCCCCAAAUCUUAAUAUAAUAUGUUUGAAAGUAUGGAAAAACUGGCCGGGCAUGAUGGCUCACACCUGUAAUCCCAGCACAUUGGGAGGCUGAGGUGGGCAGAUUGCUUGAGGUCAGGAGUUCGAGACCAGCCUAGCCAACAUGUGAAACCUCGUCUCUACUAAAAAUACAAAAAUUAGCUGGGCGUGGUGUCAUGUGCCUGUAGUCCUAGCUACGUGGGGGGGGGUUGAGGCAGGAGAAUCACUUGAACCCGGGAGGCGGAGGUUGCUGUGAGCCAAGAUCACGCCACUCCCCUCCAGCCUGGGCAACAGAGUGAGACUCCGUUCUCAAAAAAAAAAAAAAAAAAAAGUAUGGAAAAACUAGUUCAGCGUAGAAUUUAUCUUUCUGCUAGAAACAACUCUACUGAGUUGUUCUAGUACAGAACAACUCACUGCUCUUUGUUUUUGGUCCAUUUGUAUAUGAUAUGUAUAAAUAUUUUAUUUAAAUUGGGGUGUGCUAUUUCAUCAUUAAGUAUAUUCCUAUAAAUAUGCUUUGUUAGCAUACAUUUUAUUUUGUGGCAAGAGUAGUUAUUUGUAACUUUUAAUUCCUUUGAGAAUGUGUUAUAGGCAUGUCUAAGUUCCUGACUUUUCUACUGCAGUAACAUUAUACAACAAAUUAUGUUAAAUGUUUGCUUUGUGAGAAAUCAUCAGAGCACAUGGGAUAAGUAUAUGUGCUUUGGACUCAGAAAAAUCUGGGUUUGCUUCUUGACUCUGUUAAGCUUUGUAACCUUGGAUGAGCUCUUUAAACCCCAUACCUCAAUUAUCCCCACCUGUAAAAUGGGCAUAUUGCCUGUCUUAUGUUUUAAGGAUUGGUUUAUGUGAAGUACUUAAUUAGUGUCUGGCCUCAAGUAAGUGCUUAAUGAAUUGUCAUAUUUGUAAUCAUAGUAAUAAUUCCAUGAUUUUGGCUUUUAAUAGUAUUUUAUCAGUAGCAUUAAUGGCCCAUAGUGAAUUUGCAGUGUUAAUCAUUAAUCUCUCCUGAGCAUCAAUUCUUAUUCUCCUUUGAAUUUGUCACAAAUUUUAGAGAAUACUUUCUAAUUUAUAAUAAACAGAUUUUUAGGUGUUUUUAUUUAUUAUAUGUUUGAAUCUGAGAAAAUCCAUUGGUUAGGGAGAAAACCGAAUGUGCUGUUUGUGUUCAAAACAAUGAUAAAAACCAUUAUGUGAUUUAUCUACAAUAAAAUGCAAAAUUAUUUAAUUUUUAGUUUCAAAACAGAUGUUUACUAACUUGGAUAUAAAUAUAUUGAAUUGUCUGUCACUUGGUGCUUCUUUAGUUUUGAGAACUCAGGCAUGCAUAUUUUCCCCUGUACUUCCUGUACUUUAAGCUGAGAUAAUAGUCAUAUAAUCAGUCCUUUGGAUCUGUGGGUUCUGUGCACAUCUGUGUAUUCAACCAACUGCAGAUCAAAAUUAUUCGGAGAAAAAAACAUCACAUAAUAAAAAAUAACACUACAACAAUUAAAAACUAUACUAAAUUUAAAAAUACAGUAUUACACUAUUUAUAUAGCAUUUACAUUGUAUUAUGUAGUAUAAGUAAUCCAGAGGUGAUUUCAAGUAUACAGGAAGAUAUGUGUAGGUUACAUGUAAAUACUGUGCCAUUUUAUAUCAGGGACUUGAGCGUCUUUGGUUUUUGGUAUCUAUAUCUUGGUGCCAGUCCCCCGAGGAUACCGAGGGAUGACUAUAAUGUCAACUUGAAUUGAAAAUAUCUAUUUCUUUAA